UUCGAAAAUGUAUCGAAAGACUCACUUUUCACUUUUCGUUGUACUAAUUGUGUUAUUAGCGCAACAAACUAUAUUUGCUUGGUCCGGAUGUGAACACGGCAAUUACUAUAGUCACGACAAAAGUUGCGAGAAAUUUUAUCAAUGCACUUACGGUGAAUUGAUUGAACUGACAUGUUAUCCGGGUCUCUAUUUCAACCCUGAUAUUAAUGUCUGUGAUUAUCCUCAAAACGUGCUGUGUGAAAUUUCCGAAACUACAGUCACUGAGGAAACAGUGUCAACAGAAGCACCAACUACUGUAGAAGAAGAAUCUACCACAAGCAGCGGUCGUCCAACAAGGUCAACAACUACAUCUUCUACGACGGAACGACAACGUCCCACGACAACUGAAGCUCCGACUACUGUAGAGGAAGAAACUACCACAAGUAGCGGUCGUCCGACAAGAUCAACAACUAGAGCAACAACUACAUCUUCUACGACGGAACGACAACGUCCCACGACAACUGGAGCUCCGACUACUGUAGAGGAAGAAUCUACCACAAGCAGCGGUCGUCCGACAAGAUCAACAACUACAUCUUCUACGACGGAACGACAACGUCCCACGACAACUGGAGCUCCGACUACUGUAGAGGAAGAAUCUACCACAAGCAGCGGUCGUCCGACAAGGUCAACAACUACAUCUUCUACGACGGAACGACAACGUCCCACGUCAACUGAAGCACCAACUACUGUAGAGGAAGAAAUUACCACAAGCAGCGGUCGUCCGACAAGAUCAACAACAAGGUCAACAACUACAUCUUCUACGACGGAACGACAACGUCCCACGACAACUGAAGCUCCGACUACUGUAGAGGAAGAAUCUACCACAAGCAGCGGUCGUCCGACAAGAUCAACAACAAGGUCAACAACUACAUCUUUUACGACGGAACGACAACGUCCCACGACAACUGAAGUUCCGACGACAACUGAAGUUCCGACGACAACUGAAGCUCCGACUACUGUAGAGGAAGAAUCUAGCACAAGCAGCGGUCGUCCAACAAGAGCACCAACUACUCAACAUUCUCAUGGUUCUACAACUCAACGAACACGUCCUUCAAGUACCCAAGAACCAUCAACUACUCAAGCACCAACAACUGUUGAAGAAGAAUUAACCACUAGAAAUGGUCGUCCAACAAGAGCACCAACUACUCAACAUUCUCAUGGUUCUACAACUCAACGAACACGUCCUUCAAGUACCCAAGAACCAUCAACUACUCAAGCACCAACAACUGUUGAAGAAGAAUUAACCACUAGAAAUGGUCGUCCAACAAGAGCACCAACUACUCAACAUUCUCAUGGUUCUACAACUCAACGAGCACGUCCUUCAAGUACCCAAGAACCAUCAACAACUCAAGCACCAACAACUGUUGAAGAAGAAUUAACCACUAGAAAUGGUCGUCCAACAAGAGCACCAACUACUCAACAUUCUCAUGGUUCUACAACUCAACCAGCACGUCCUUCAAGUACCCAAGAACCAUCAACUACUCAAGCACCAACAACUGUUGAAGAAGAAUUAACCACCAGAAAUGGUCGUCCAACAAGAGCACCCACUACUCAACAUUCUCAUGGUUCUACAACUCAACGAGCACGUCCUUCAAGUACCCAAGAACCAUCAACUACUCAAGCACCAACAACUGUUGAAGAAGAAUUAACCACUAGAAAUGGUCGUCCAACAAGAGCACCAACUACUCAACAUUCUCAUGGUUCUACAACUCAACGAGCACGUCCUUCAAGUACCCAAGAACCAUCAACUACUCAAGCACCAACAACUGUUGAAGAAGAAUUAACCACUAGAAAUGGUCGUCCAACAAGAGCACCAACUACCCAACAUUCUCAUGGUUCUACAACUCAACGAGCACGUCCUUCAAGUACCCAAGAACCAUCAACUACUCAAGCACCAACAACUGUUGAAGAAGAAUUAACCACUAGAAAUGGUCGUCCAACUACUGAACAUUCUCAUGGUUCUACCACUCAACGAGCACGUCCUUCAAGUACCCAAGAACCAUCAACAACUCAAGCACCAACAACUGUUGAAGAAGAAUUAACCACCAGAAAUGUUCGUCCAACAAGAGCACCAACUACUCAACAUUCUCAUGGUUCUACAACUCAACGAGCACGUCCUUCAAGUACCCAAGAACCAUCAACUACUCAAGCACCAACAACUGGUGAAGAAGAAUUAACCACUAGAAAUGGUCGUCCAUCUAGAGCAACGACAACUGAACUUCCAACAAAUGAUACGAUUACGACAAGACGAUAUCGAAAAUACGACAAUUCGAAAAUGUAUCGAAAGACUCACUUUUCACUUUUCGUUGUACUAAUUGUGUUAUUAGCGCAACAAACUAUAUUUGCUUGGUCCGGAUGUGAACACGGCAAUUACUAUAGUCACGACAAAAGUUGCGAGAAAUUUUAUCAAUGCACUUACGGUGAAUUGAUUGAACUGACAUGUUAUCCGGGUCUCUAUUUCAACCCUGAUAUUAAUGUCUGUGAUUAUCCUCAAAACGUGCUGUGUGAAAUUUCCGAAACUACAGUCACUGAGGAAACAGUGUCAACAGAAGCACCAACUACUGUAGAAGAAGAAUCUACCACAAGCAGCGGUCGUCCAACAAGGUCAACAACUACAUCUUCUACGACGGAACGACAACGUCCCACGACAACUGAAGCUCCGACUACUGUAGAGGAAGAAACUACCACAAGUAGCGGUCGUCCGACAAGAUCAACAACUAGAGCAACAACUACAUCUUCUACGACGGAACGACAACGUCCCACGACAACUGGAGCUCCGACUACUGUAGAGGAAGAAUCUACCACAAGCAGCGGUCGUCCGACAAGAUCAACAACUACAUCUUCUACGACGGAACGACAACGUCCCACGACAACUGGAGCUCCGACUACUGUAGAGGAAGAAUCUACCACAAGCAGCGGUCGUCCGACAAGGUCAACAACUACAUCUUCUACGACGGAACGACAACGUCCCACGUCAACUGAAGCACCAACUACUGUAGAGGAAGAAAUUACCACAAGCAGCGGUCGUCCGACAAGAUCAACAACAAGGUCAACAACUACAUCUUCUACGACGGAACGACAACGUCCCACGACAACUGAAGCUCCGACUACUGUAGAGGAAGAAUCUACCACAAGCAGCGGUCGUCCGACAAGAUCAACAACAAGGUCAACAACUACAUCUUUUACGACGGAACGACAACGUCCCACGACAACUGAAGUUCCGACGACAACUGAAGUUCCGACGACAACUGAAGCUCCGACUACUGUAGAGGAAGAAUCUAGCACAAGCAGCGGUCGUCCAACAAGAGCACCAACUACUCAACAUUCUCAUGGUUCUACAACUCAACGAACACGUCCUUCAAGUACCCAAGAACCAUCAACUACUCAAGCACCAACAACUGUUGAAGAAGAAUUAACCACUAGAAAUGGUCGUCCAACAAGAGCACCAACUACUCAACAUUCUCAUGGUUCUACAACUCAACGAACACGUCCUUCAAGUACCCAAGAACCAUCAACUACUCAAGCACCAACAACUGUUGAAGAAGAAUUAACCACUAGAAAUGGUCGUCCAACAAGAGCACCAACUACUCAACAUUCUCAUGGUUCUACAACUCAACGAGCACGUCCUUCAAGUACCCAAGAACCAUCAACAACUCAAGCACCAACAACUGUUGAAGAAGAAUUAACCACUAGAAAUGGUCGUCCAACAAGAGCACCAACUACUCAACAUUCUCAUGGUUCUACAACUCAACCAGCACGUCCUUCAAGUACCCAAGAACCAUCAACUACUCAAGCACCAACAACUGUUGAAGAAGAAUUAACCACCAGAAAUGGUCGUCCAACAAGAGCACCCACUACUCAACAUUCUCAUGGUUCUACAACUCAACGAGCACGUCCUUCAAGUACCCAAGAACCAUCAACUACUCAAGCACCAACAACUGUUGAAGAAGAAUUAACCACUAGAAAUGGUCGUCCAACAAGAGCACCAACUACUCAACAUUCUCAUGGUUCUACAACUCAACGAGCACGUCCUUCAAGUACCCAAGAACCAUCAACUACUCAAGCACCAACAACUGUUGAAGAAGAAUUAACCACUAGAAAUGGUCGUCCAACAAGAGCACCAACUACCCAACAUUCUCAUGGUUCUACAACUCAACGAGCACGUCCUUCAAGUACCCAAGAACCAUCAACUACUCAAGCACCAACAACUGUUGAAGAAGAAUUAACCACUAGAAAUGGUCGUCCAACUACUGAACAUUCUCAUGGUUCUACCACUCAACGAGCACGUCCUUCAAGUACCCAAGAACCAUCAACAACUCAAGCACCAACAACUGUUGAAGAAGAAUUAACCACCAGAAAUGUUCGUCCAACAAGAGCACCAACUACUCAACAUUCUCAUGGUUCUACAACUCAACGAGCACGUCCUUCAAGUACCCAAGAACCAUCAACUACUCAAGCACCAACAACUGGUGAAGAAGAAUUAACCACUAGAAAUGGUCGUCCAUCUAGAGCAACGACAACUGAACUUCCAACAAAUGAUACGAUUACGACAAGACGAUAUCGACCAGGAAAAAAUUAAUAUUUUACAA